CAGACUAAACGCCCCAUACAAGCUCUCUUCAGCUUGGACACUCUACUCCUCCACUUCUCUUCUGUCCAACAUGGAGUUCCUACCAUUCACAUCCAUCCAGCCACCCUCCAACCAUUACGGAGGGCAGAGGGAGCAGAUGCUGAACCUUAACCAACGCUUGGAAACCUACCUGAACCGCGUGAAACUUCUGGAUGAGGAAAACGCCAAACUGACCAAGGAGAUCCAAACUUUGAGACGGAACCAUCGUGGCAACCAUGAACAGCAGAAGUUCUUGGAUGAAGAACUACGGUGUGCGAGGCGGGAAGUCGACACAAUGUGGAAAGAAAGAGUUUACGCGGAAGUAGAUGUCGCUAGGCUGACUGAAGAGCUGCAAACUUUGGAUCUUCAACUACAAAGGGAGACCCAAGCUCACAUAGAGGCCAACGCAAAAGUGAACCAGAGCAGAAGAGAACUCGAGGAGGAGCACAGAGCCCAGAUAUGGUUGACGGAGAAGGUUAACCAGCUAGAACACGAAAUGAAAUCGCUAAUUCAAACGCACCAAGAAGAGGUCGCUAACAUGGAGGCUAUGCUAAUGCAAACCAAGGUGAUGCCGACUAUGAGGCCCGCCGUCCAACAGGGGCCAACUUUGCUCGAGUUGGGGGAAGAGUACAACCAGAGGGCCGCCAGAGCGUGGCAGGAGGCGGCGGAGGCGUACCAGGGUCAGCUAACACGCCUGGAGGGGUCUGUGAAUGAGACGAGACAGAGCCUCAUCCAAGUCAAUAAGGAGAAGAGCGAGAGUGUCUUAAAGUUACAGAAUCUGGAUAGGGAGCUGCUGGGCCUGCAGGAUCUCAGGGAGCACCUGGAGGGCACGGUCAAUCAGCAGAAGGAGAGCCACUGCCGGGACAUACAAAUGCUGCAGGAGCACUUAGAGGCCCUGGAGAGAGAGAGGCACACCCUGGCCCAGAAGAUGGACCAACUUCUGCAGGAGAACAGAGGCCUGGUGCAGAUGAAGAUGUCUCUCAGUCUGGAGGUGGCCACGUACAGAGCGUUGCUGGACAAUGAGAGCCUCAAGAGAGACACCUCUUUGCAAAAGCAGCCUAGAAACAUUUACAGCAAAGAUGUAGUUUUCAGUCCAUGGGGAGACAAUUACCAGCUCUCUCCAAGCCCCAAGACCACUUCCUCACCAUCGCCUCGUAGUAUGACAGGAAAGACAAAACCACCAGUGAUAACAACCACACCAAUCCGCUACCAACAAUAUGUGCCAAGAAGGGAAAAAAUGGAAAUUUCAAAAGAGAAGGUUGAAAACAAUGAAGUUUUCCAGCAGCCUUAUCCCAAAGUGCUCAAGGAUGGAGCUAUAGAGAACUUCCGCCCACAAGAGGUGAAUGAAAAGGUGACAUACGCCGAGCCACUUUCUCCACCAGAUGAACAAGAAAAAACAUUAGGUUUGGAGAGGAAGGAAGACCACUGCAAUGACACUAUUGAUCAGCCAUUUGAGGAAAAACUGGAGUCAAGCCUUAAAUAUGAGGCCAGAGUGGAUGAAGCUAAUCUACUUGUCGAGCCAGCACUGACUGAGGAAUUAUAUAGUUUCUCCAUGAAAUCUGAGCCUAUUGAAAAGAAAAUUGAAAAUGAAGAAUUUGAAAAGCCACAAGCACCAAUAGAUGCGUGGAUUGAGGAGGAAAUGGUUAGCAAAAGGGAACAACUUUGUGUAGAGUCAAGUCUUGAUCAUCAUCUUGAAUCAUCUUCUAACCUCGAGGAACCCAUCAGCAAAGCUAGCCCAGAAUUGGUGAAAGAAACUUUCACAGAGCAAUUACGCAGCGUCACUAUGAAAUCUCAACAAGAGAUACCAUUUGUAAAAGAAGAAGUGGAAAAGCCGCAAGAACCAAUUGAUGCAUGGGUUGCAAAGGAGUUUAAUGAGGUGAUGAAGGCUGUACAAGAACAAGUGGAGUCUUCCGAUUCAGAAACACAAGCAUUUGUUGAACCAAAUUUUGACACCAAGUCCAGCAGUCCAGCCUCUGAAUGUGAGCCUGAAGAAUUUCUCCAAAACCAACUGGGUGAGAUUGUCCAAGAAGAUUUCACCUUUGACAGUGUUGGUGCAUCAAUGGAUGGGAUUAGUCCACCCAAAGACAAGUUAUACCCUGAUGGAGAGGAGAUGGACACAUGGGAUAGUGUCAUGGAACGAAAUCAAGGUCUGAAGGCUGACGAUUUGGAGCAACCUCAAGAAGUUUUAAAGCAACAUGCUGAACCAGAGGAGGACAUUUCGGCAAGAGAGGUACAGCAGCAAAUGCAAGAAGUGAUCUCAGUUGAAGAGAUGCAAGCCAAAUUUAAACCACAAAUUGGCACUGAAGGACAAGAGGACUCAAUAAAAGAAGACCUUCCAGACAAAAGCGAAGAUGAAGAACAAGAAGAUUCUCAAAAUGUCUCUGUGUCAUGGCAGACCGAACUUGAGGGAGACAGCUAUGCCCAGGAUAACACUCUUGCCGACACCAGACCUCUGAUCAGAUACAAGAGUGAUGAAACAGACGCCAACACACAAGCAUCACAUGCUGAUGAUGUUGAUGAUUCCAGUGAUGGAGAGCAAGAUAAAAAAGUUGGAGAGAUGGGAAGUGGUGCAUGGAUUGAGGACCAGACCAGACGGUUCGGAACUAUGGAGGAUCUGUGUGAAGAGGCAGAAGGGGAAGUUUUGGAUGAGGAAUAUGAUCUAGAAUACCUUAGACAAGAUGGGAAGGAAGACAAAGAUGAAAUAGAUACACAGAAAGAUGAAGAUAAGACACAAGAGGAAGCCCUAAAAAUGGUGGUUGAUGAAAAGUUAGAUACUGACAAGUGGGUGGAACAGGAGUUAGAAAAUUUGACGACAGAAUAUUAUGCCACACAUUUUGAGCACCAGCAUGCUAGUGCAAAAUUCACAUUGCAAGAUGAGAUUGUAGCUGAUCAACCAAUAGCUUGGGGUAAAGCUUUAGAAGGCAUGCCAGAAACCACUGACCAGGAGGAAGCUCUAGUUGACCAAAACAUUGAUGAGCACUUUAAAGAACCACAACAGCAAAAAGACAAAGUAGUCAAAGAAGUUCAAGAAUUGGUUGAGGUUGAGGAGGAAGUUAAGCAUGAUGUAUCAAUGGUGACACAUUGUGACACUACAGAGGACAUUAGUGAAGUUAGGAAAGAAUUUGUAUUGUCUUCCACAAGUCAAGAGUUGUCUUUUGAACAGAAAGAGCCUGAAAAGCUGGGAGAACAAGCAGAAGAGAAGCAGUCCAUUGUUCAAGAUAUGGUAACUGAACAUGUGGAUCAAUUCAUCACCGAAAAUGAAAAUGAGUCCAAAAAACUUCUACCAACCUCUACUGUACAAGAAGUGACUUCAGAUAAUGUUGCUGAACCACAACAGCAAAAAAACAAUGCAAUCAAAGAAGUUCAGGAAUUGCUUGUGGCUGAGGAGGAAGUUAAGCACGAUGUAUCCAAGGUGACACAUUGUGACACUACAGAGGACAUUAGUGAAGUUAGGAAAGAAUUUGUAUUGUCUUCCACAAGUCAAGAGUUGUCUUUUGACAAUUUGUCCUUUGAACAGAAAGAGCCUGAAAACCUAGGAGAACAAGCAGAAGAGACACAGUCCAUUCUUCAAGAUACACUAACUGAAUAUGUGGAUCAGUUCAUCACCGAAAAUGAAAAUGAGUCCAAAAAACUUCUACCAACCUCUACUGUCCAAGAAGUGACUUCCGAUAAUGUUCCUGAACCACAACAGCAAAAAGACGAUGCAGUCAAAGAAGUUCAGGAAUUGCUUGAAGUUGAGGAGGAAGUUAAGCACGAUGUAUCCAAGGUGACACAUUGUGACACUACAGAGGACAUUAGUGAAGUUAGGAAAGAAUUUGUAUUGUCUUCCACAAGUCAAGAGUUGUCUUUUGACAAUUUCUCCUUUGAACAGAAAGAGCCUGAAGAGCUGGGAGAACAAGCAGAAGAGAAGCAGUCGAUUGUUCAAGAUACACUAAGUGAACAUGUGGAUGAAUUUAUUAAUGAAAAUGAAAAUGAGUCCAACAAACUGCUGCUAUCCUCUACUGUCUUAGAAGUGACUCCCAAUAAUGUUGUUGAACGACAACAGCAAAAAGACGAUGCAAUCAAAGAGGUUCAGGAAUCAGUUGAAGUUGAGGAGGAAGUUAAGCACGAUGUAUCCAAGGUGACACAUUGUGACACUACAGAGGACAUUAGUGAAGUCAGGAAAGAAAUUGUAUUGUCUUCCACUAGUCAAGAGUUGUCUUUUGACAAUUUGUCCUUUGAACAGAAAGAGCCUGAAGAGCUGGGAGAACAAGCAGAAGAGACGCAGUCCAUUCUUCAAGAUACACUAACUGAACAUGUGAAUCAAUUCAUCACCAUAAAUGAAAAUGAGUCCAACAAACUUCUGCUAUCCUCUACUGUCCUAGAAGUGACUCCCGAUAAUGUUGUUGAACGACAACAGCAAAAAGACGAUGCAAUCAAAGAGGUUCAGGAAUCAGUUGAAGUUGAGGAGGAAGAUAAGCAUGAUGUAUCCAUGGUGACACAUUGUGACACUACAGAGGACAUUAGUGAAGUCAGGAAAGAAAUUGUAUUGUCUUCCACUAGUCAAGAGUUGUCUUUUGACAAUUUGUCCUUUGAACAGAAAGAGCCUGAAGAGCUGGGAGAACAAGCAGAAGAGACGCAGUCCAUUCUUCAAGAUACACUAACUGAACAUGUGAAUCAAUUCAUCACCAUAAAUGAAAAUGAGUCCAACAAACUUCUGCUAUCCUCUACUGUCCUAGAAGUGACUCCCGAUAAUGUUGUUGAACAACAACAGCAAAAAGACGAUGCAGUCAAAGAAGUUCAGGAAUUUGUUGAAGUUGAGGAGGAAGAUAAGCAUGAUGUAUCCAUGGUGACGCAUUGUGACACUACAGAGGACAUUAGUGAAGUCAGGAAAGAAUUUGUAUUGUCUUCCACAAGUCAAGAGUUGUCUUUUGACAAUUUGUCCUUUGAACAGAAAGAGUCUGAAAACCUAGGAGAACAAGCAGAAGAGAAGCAGUCGAUUGUUCAAGAUACGCUAACUGAACAUAUGGAUCAAUUUAUCAAUGAAAAUGAUUUCAACAAACUUCUGCUAUCCUCUGCCAUUCAAGAAGUGACUCCCGAUAAUGUGGAAAUGAGGGAUAUCACACCUGAAGAAAGCUUUGUGCCUGAAGAAAUAGAUACAGAAUUCUCUAAAGCUCUAGCAACAACUGAAUGGGAAGUUCUUGAAAAUCCUACAGAAAAUGUUCACCAAGAUGACAAAGUUGAGCAUGAUUCCUUGUCACCCACGGAUGAGCCCCUAAACAUAUCCCCUGAAAGUGUUCAUGAAGCCACUAAUCUCUUUAUUGUAAAGGACUCAAAGGAGCUGCUGAAAACUAAUGGCAAAACUAGCCUGGAUGACAUGUUUAGCAUCAAUGCCAAUAAUGACUUCUGGGUAUCCCCAUUAGAAACAGGUGCCACAUAUCAACCUGAUAAUGUAGAUAAUAAGCAUGCGGAAUGGAAGCUAGGUUUUGGAGAUGCAGACGGUAGGGAGACAGAGGAAUUAGUUGAAAAAUCGGAUAUUGUUUAUGAGCAAAAAGAAGUUUCACAAAUUUUCACCAAAAGUGUUGUCAAGGGAGAAAUAGUCCAUUCUGAGGAGUCUGAAGAUGAUAGUGAAGCAAUGUCUUCUGAUGAGGAAUAAGAUAUAAGAACAUAUAGUUUUAUUGUAGUUAAUAAUUUCAAAGGAUAUCAGUGGAACCAAAACCGUGCCUUGGGGUGCACCAUCAUCCACCACCGUGCCAAUACUGUUUGCUAUGACAAGUACUUACAUCUUCCCUAUUAUUGAUGGAUUUUUACUGACCACUUGCUUUAGUCCUGGUGCAUUCUAUAGAAAGGUUUAUCUGCAUGAAAGAACAAAGAGUGUAAUUUGAAAGUUGAAGCAUUUAUUGAUUUGUGGCUAAUCCAAUUCAAUGACUGAUGGAAAAAAAAACAAUUAGAGCAGAAGGGUAGAGUUGCUAUUUUACACAGUAUGAGCUUAUAUUUGCGAAUAAGUAAUUUGACCGAUUUGGGGCCAGUAAGAAGCAUGACGGCACUGAAUGUAUCUAUAGAGGUAGAGUCCAGGUUUUAGAAAAAUAUAUUAAGAUGUGUUUUCUCCAAUUGCAUUUGAAAUAUUUACCCUGUUAUGGUACUUUUUCUGUCCUUAAUAAAAUAUAUAUUAUA